CUAAGACAUCUGGUAUCAGAGUCAUAUCGAUAGAAAUACUAUCGCAAUCGCACUGUUAAGUUUUUGUGGUUGGGCAGAAGUUGUUGCCAUUUUUCAUAGCUGAAUUAAACUAUAGUUUAUAACACACCAAACAAAUGGCCAUGGCUAAUGUGGACAAAGGCGAACUUAUGGAGCAGGUGAAGCAACAGGUUGCUGUUGCGAAUGCUCAGGAAUUGCUCACCCAAAUGACGCAAAAGUGCUUCAAAAAGUGUGUCAAUAAGCCGGGAACUUCCCUCGAUUCGUCGGAACAGAAAUGCAUUUCCAUGUGCAUGGACCGGUUUAUGGACUCGUGGAACCUAAUUUCUCGGACGUAUGGCCAAAGAUUACGACGUGAACAAUCCAAGUUCUAGAGACAUACAUCGGCUUCUGCAUUUUGGGGCAGAUCGGGAAUAACUAUAUCUGCCAGCUACUAAUUAGUUGUUAUAUCUAAAGUUUGAUAAUGCAAUAAAAACAUGCAUUGCGUGUUACGUGAUUCUGAUAACACAA